UUUGUGGUGAAUGGUCAGUGGCAAAAAGAAAAGGGGGAGAGUAAGGGGCGACAAAGACAGAAAUGGUACCAGGAGGAUGCCACUGACACUAACAGCAUGGGUAAUAGGAGUAGCAUACGUGACACAGGUGCAGGGUGGCGGCAGGCGCUGCCACGCUGUGGGGCUUUCUGCCUGCUGCUCGCCCUCACCUGCCUGUGCACUGCUGCCGACAGUGCUAGAGCAAAAUGUGAAGAAUCCCAGUUCCCAUGUAGUAAUGGACGCUGUAUUCCUUUACUCUGGAAAUGUGAUGGUGAUGAAGACUGCUCAGAUGGCAGUGAUGAGAGUGCUUGUGUGAAGAAGACGUGUGCUGAAUCUGACUUUGUGUGCAACAGUGGUCAGUGUGUGCCAAACAGAUGGCAGUGUGAUGGGGAUCCGGAUUGUGAAGAUGGGUCUGACGAGACUGCUGAGCUGUGUCAUAUGAGAACAUGCCGGGUAAAUGAAAUCAGCUGUGGUCCUCAGUCGACCCAGUGUAUCCCAGUGUCCUGGAAAUGUGAUGGUGAAAGAGACUGUGACAGUGGAGAAGAUGAAGAGAAUUGUGGCAAUGUGACUUGUAGUGCAGCAGAGUCCACAUGCAGUAGUGGACAAUGUAUUUCCAAAAGCUUUGUCUGCAAUGGUCAAGACGACUGCUCAGAUGGCAGUGAUGAGAGUGCUUGUGUGAAGAAGAUGUGUGCUGAAUCUGACUUUGUGUGCAACAGUGGUCAGUGUGUGCUAAACCGAUGGCAGUGUGAUGGGGAUCCGGACUGUGAAAAUGGGUCUGAUGAGAGUGCUGAGCUGUGUCAUAUGAGAACAUGCCGGGUAAAUGAAAUCAGCUGUGGUCCUCAGUCAACCCAGUGUAUCCCAGUGUCCUGGAAAUGUGAUGGUCAAAAAGACUGUGACAGAGAUCCUGAUUGUAAGGAUGGAAGUGAUGAAAUUAACUGCCCUUCUCGGACCUGCAGACCAGACCAGUUCAGAUGUGAAGAUGGGAACUGUGUCCAUGGGAGUAGGCAGUGCAGUGGAGUGAGAGACUGUCUGGAUGGCACUGAUGAAGCAAACUGUAACAAUGUUUUUCAGUGCUCUGGACCUGGCAAAUUCAAGUGCAGAAGUGGAGAAUGCAUAGAUAUCAAUAAAGAGUGUAACCAGCAGAGAGACUGCAAGGACUGGGGUGAUGAGCCCCUGAAGGAAUGCAACAUAAAUGAAUGUGACUGUCCAGCUGGGUUUGAGUUUGUAGACAAGAGAAACUGUGAAGAUUUUGAUGAAUGCCAAAACCCUGGUAUAUGUAGUCAAAUCUGUAUCAACCUGAAAAGUGGCUACAAAUGUGAACAUAGCCGUGGCUAUCAGAUGAAUCCUGCUACAGGAACCUGGAAAGGACCAUACGGUAUGGGCAAAGUUGAAAAACUUAAAUUAUACCCCUACAUAUUUUUAAAUGUAGUUGAAUAA